UUUGAAAAACUCCAUCUUGCAUAUUGACAGUAGUUUAUGCAUAAAUUUACAGUUUCAUACAAUGCGAAAUCUUGCAAUAAACUUGAUAUCAAAAUGGCAGUUGAUCAUGAUUUUAUACACCUACUUAAUAUUUUAAGAAACAUUGCGGAGUCUCAGGAUUUGGAUGUAGUUCUUGGCAAUAGCUUGCAGGAAAAAAUUCAAAGAAACGAUGCAUUAGCGAUGAUUUUUAGUUGGGUACAUAAAAGUUGUGCUGCUGCGUUUAGAUCAAAAGAAAAUGAAUUAUACGUUUUUUACAAUACAGAUAUUUUUUCUAAUAAGAAUAAAAAAAACGGCAAUGAAAUAAAUGCAAAUGAAUUAUACCUUGAAGAAAUAUCUCGUAUGUUAACUACCAAGAACAUUUCUACGUUAAAAAAUUUGGAAUUUUUUUUGAAUCUUUCCAUAGAACUUCAACGGCAUUUAAAAUUAAAAAAAAUAUAUCCUGCUUUUCAAGAGCUUUUAGAAGAUUGCAAUCCAUUAAUAGUUGACAAGGUUUCAACUCAUGAAGACGUACUAUCAAAUGCCCGAUUAGGAAAAAAAUUGUUAAAGAAAUGUAAAAAGAAAGAAAUUUCUGCGUUUCAUAGAAGUACUAUGCCACUUUUAUACGAAAAAAAUUGAUACAAGGCAGUAUAUAAAUUAUACUGAAUUAUAAUUUUGUGGUAACAAUAAACAUUAUUAGAUAAAAAAGUUAUUAAUUGUUCAUUGGGUGCAAGUUGUCACUUUGUAUAAUAAAGUUUAAAAACUUAACCCGAAAACACAUGGAAAGUCUAAAAUUUUUACAAAAAUGCAACAUGUUAUGUUACGUCAAUCGUGUUUAGUGUUUUUGGUCAAGUUGUCUGUGGUUAUGUUUAUAAAGCUAACCAUUUAUGCACCACAAGAACCAAAGUCGACCAUCUAAUGUAUAUGCAAUCAAAAAUACAAUUAAAGCCAGGACGGUUUGAUUCUAUUCACUUUUUUGACUGGUUUUUUAUUGUUUUUUUUUGUCAAUUUGUUGGAACAUUCCUAUUAGUUAAAUCAAAGUAAUUUUUACAGUGAAAAAUUUGAAUUUACUAAAGAAAAUCUUGUUGAGAAAGAAACAGUAUCUUGUUCUAUAACUGAUAACUCUACCCAUUUAUUGCAAUCUCUUAAUGUUGCAUUUUAUUGAUCUCUUAAAAAAUAUUUAAAAAAAAUACUUAAUCAAUUGGAAACCUUUUGUUUAAA